GGGCCUUCUUGGACGUCGCGCGAGCUGAAUUUAAACAUUGGGUUUAACCGUCUGCUCCGCCAUGGGUAGGGUGUCAUGUGGGAGUUCAAACAACGCUUUUAAUUAGUAUGUGAGAUGUUUUGUGACAUGUAUCUUGUGCCAACAUGACUCCAGAUCACUCCAAUAAUUCCAUCUUCAUGAAUCAUUACAGAUGAAUAUUAUUGUCAUGGAAUUGAGGAUAAUGAAAUUUCCUCUUCAGUCUUUCCUAAAGAGAAAGCAGGUCCCCAGUAAGGUGUUUCAACAACAUUGGCAGGUCUUUGGCCUUUGCCUAGUAUCAAGAAUAUGCAAUAAAUCUACUGACCUUUCUGGAUUUACUAAAGCACUGAUUGAACUUUGCCAAAGUAGGCAUUUUAUAACUGGAGAUAUAAUUACACAAGACUCUCUUACCAAUGGUUGGUACAAUUAUGGACAUUUGGGAAUGGAAUUCAAAAAGAACCUGGCUAGUGAGUGGUGGAAUUCAAUGGUAUUAUCUAGGGAGCAAGUAUUUGGAGUGGCAACACCUCAUAAGUUGAUGAACUGUCACAAUUCAGAUAACAGAUCACUAAGGCUUGUAGAGACUACAGCAUUGCAAGUUCUAUCAGGCAACAAAGACUUGACGAAGGAAGAAAUUGUUGCAUUACUAGAUAACGUAUUGAAGCAGAGCACUAUAGUCCGCCCUAAUCUCCUGAAAGGAGCUAUUCAAGAAUAUACUAGGUCUUUAAAUCUUGUGAACAGGAAGUUACCUUUUGGUUUGGCAGAAAUUGGAGUGUGUUAUCAACCCUCUCCUCCUAGCAAACACCCAACUGCAUGUAAUACAGUAAGAACGGGGGAGGUGGAAAUUGUAUCGCUGGUAUGGUUUAGUUCUCCUCGGACUUCAGGCCAAUGGCUAGACUACUGGAUACGCCAACGUUUGCUGUGGUGGAGAAAGUUUGCCAAAAAUCCAUCCAAUUUUACAGCUGGUGAUUUCCAGGAUCAUGAUGGAACUAAAGGAGCAGCCCUGUAUUUCAGUUUUCCAUGGGGAAUGGAACCAAUUGAGAAGCUGCUAAAUCUAGGAGACAAGGAACUCGUGCUUGAGCACCAUGGAAAUAAAACAAACAUAAAAGGUCGAGAUGGGAGGAAGACAGUCAUCCCACAUGUUCUGUCAGUGAGUGGGAAUCUGGACCGGGGAGCGAUAGCCCUUUUGUUUGAUGCGCUGCAACUGACUAAGAAUGUAGAUUCAAAACAAAAAUUCAACCAAAAGAAGGUGCUAAAGCUUCAUCCACAGUUAGCCCCAAUUAAAGUGGGUUUGGACAUGGACAAGGGACCUACAGUUGAGUUGCGUCAGGUAUGUGAGGGGCUAUUCCGCAAUAUGUUAGAGAAAGGAAUCACCGUGUGGCCUGGUUAUCUGGAAGCUACGCACCCAUCAUUGGAGCAGCUAACCAUGAAGUAUGAUGAAAUGGGUGUAAUAUUCACAAUUGUCAUCAGUGACACCACACUGGAGAAUGGCUUAGUACAACUCAGGAACCGAGAUACUGCUAUUAAAGAACUGGCUCACAUUUCAGAAGUGAGAGAUUUUCUCACCAAGUACAUUCAAGAAUCUUGAAAAAUGGCUAUACAUUUCCAGUAGUGUGUAUAUGGAUGAAGAAAAGUGUACUCAUAAUUAACCAGGCUUAUAAUAAUGUCAAUUAUCUGAAUGUUGAGUAACUGAACUGAAGCAAUUUGAAUUUCAGUGAUGAGAUUGCAAAUUACCAUUCAGCAGACUCUGAUACUUGUAGCUGCUCUUUCUUAUGGCAAACAAUCUUGGUUAUGCAAUAUUUAUUGAUAUUCAACCAAUGCUAGCUCCUGAGAGGUGUCUUAUUAUACUGUAGAUGACUCCAGUUUUUUUCUUGGCCUUCUUGUGCUAAUCAUCUUUCUGUGUAUGUCACACUGCUUCGUGGUGCAGUGUAUCAUUUAUUUAACGAAAUAUUCUGGUAAAUUUUCAUGUUAAAUCAAACAUAAACAGGUUGAUGGAUGACAAAACCGUGAUGAUAAUGAAUGUUAACACACUUAUAAUGUGCUGAAUCUUGAAUUAGAAUUAUGACAUUAAAAUCCCUCAUCAGAUCUGCUGGUAUUAUAGUUGCACAACUUCGAAAAUUGGAUAAAACUAUCUCUCUUGGCGAUCCUUUGGAUAUACAAGUGGGGUCUACAAAUUUUGAACCUGUAACCUUUUAGUUUUAUUUAUUCUUUUACAGGAUAUCGCUGCUGCUGGCAAGGCCAGCAUUUGUUGACCAUUUUGAAUUGCCCUUGAACUGAUUUAGUAAACCAGUUUUGCAAUGUCAAAUUUAAUACAUUGUAAAGGAGGUUCAAUUUAAUUUUCUCAUCUGAAAUUUUCAUGCUCAUCACUCUCAAGUAUAUUUUCUUGGGUCUGACAAAUAAUGUAACAAGAAUGUUGAAUAUUACUUGCCAUUUUGAAAAGGUUAUAAAUUUAAAAAGCCAUUAUCAUGAGUAGAGACUGUGAAUUAUGUACUUUAAAUAUUUAGCGAACAUGUUGGUCUCUACAUUGGCACAGGUGAAGUUGUAAAAUUUACACACUAAUUGGAUUAAUCAGGGGAGAUGGUGUUAUGGUGGUAACAUCAGAGCAGCAUGCUGGCUCAGUGCUUAGCACUGCUGCCUCACAGCACCAGGGACCCAGAUUUGAUUCCAGCCUCGGGCAACUCUCUAAUGGGUUUCCUCUGGGUGGUCUGGUUUCCUCCCACAGUCCCAGAUGUGCAGGUUAGGUGAAUUAGCCUUGGGAAAUGCAGGGUUACAGAGUUGGAGCUGGGGGAGGGGGAUGGUCUUCAGAGGGGUGGAGUGGACCCGAUGGGCCAAAUGGCCUGCGUCCACACUGUAGGGAUUCUGUGAUCACUGGACUGAUAAUUCAGAGCCUAGGGCCAUCGCAGCUGUAUAUAAAAUCCAGAAUUGAAAGCUAGUCUCUGUAAUGGUGACUAUGAAAUCAUGAUUGAUCCUCAUUUUAAAAAAGAUUGUUUCACUAAUGUCCUUACUUGGUCUGGCUUACAUGUCAUUGCCACAGCAAUGUGAUUGACCCUUAACUAUUCUCUGAAAUUGCCUAUUAAGCCAUUCAGUUCAAGGACAAUAAGUAACUGAUGGGCUUUCCAGUGGCACACAUCCUAAGAAGGAAUUAAGAAAUUAAUAAAGAACCAUCUUUGCUUUGUGCAUAUAUCUGUACUGAGUGGAGUUAAAGGAUAUAAGUUGCUAUAAUCUUUAUUCUUCUCGCUUUUGAAUCGUCUCAAACUUCAAAUGUGUUGAAUAAUGAUAUGUUCAUAAAGGUAGAGAGAGGGAAAAGUCAAACAUUUCAGUUGUUCCUGCAUCCCUAACCGUAUUUCUGAAGAUCUAGGAGCUACUUAUCUCCACACAUUGGGCAGUGGUAACAAUGAGGACAAUGCAAACAUUUUUAAGCAGAAGUAUGACUUGACAGAUCAGAUGACUUCUUAUUGAUUCAGCUAUGAUAAGCAAUAAUUGUGUGUAUUUUUAUGUAUGUGGGUUCUCCAUUUGAAUUCAUUCAGUUUUUAUUUUGGGAGGCUGAAAAGUGUACUUUAUAAAUUCUAUGAAGUAGUAAAGCUUUAACUGAUUUAUUAAUAACAUAAUGAAUGUAACAUUCUUCCUUAACUUGCACACUAUUAGAAAAGACCCUCCAAUUAAAAUUCAAGACAGUGCAGUAGGCCUAACCUCUGGCAUGUUCUCCCCACAUACUUCCUAUUUCUUAGUCACUGUCUAUUUUCUAUGUUCCUCGUUGCAAAACAAAAUUAACUUCACUUAGAGUCAUAGAGCUGUACAGCAUGGAAACACCCUUCGGUCCAA